AUGAAGUUCCUCACUCUCAUCGCCGCUGUUGGCACUCUCGCUGGCUUCGCUGCCGCCGGUCCAGCUGAGCCUCUCCACGUACGAGCACCUUCGGAUCUGCCAAUCGAUGCUAGGUCGCCUCAAGAGGGAGCCGGUGAUGUGAACACUUGGUUCAAGGACAGGUUCUGCGCCUCAGGCUAUGCUUCUUGCGGCAAAGCAGGAACUAAUGGCGACCCGGGAAACCGAUGCGCUAUGGAAUGCAAGAACUUCGCUGGAGGCGCCCCUCUUGGGCACUGCCAAUGCGGUACAGGGUGGUACCCAGAUGAGUGCAUCACUCUUGGAAAGUACUUGGGUCGCCACAGGUGCUAA